AUGGGUCUCGGUGUUCUCGAGUCCAAGACCUUGGACCAUGUGCCGGGGACGACGCGCUACUUCGAUGAUCCCAACCGUCCACAGGCUGCGAACAAUGCCCACCAUGGUUUGAAAGUCGACUCGAGCGGCGAAGUGCCCAUCAUACUUAUCCCCCAACCCUCCGACGACCCAAACGACCCCCUCAACUGGCCUUUGUGGAAGCGAGACCUCAUCACCUUCGUCCUAUCCAUCACAGCCAUCUUUGCGACUGCCCUUGGCCCUAUUCUCGCCGCCAACACCGUGACGAUCGCUCUGCUCUUCCGAACCAGCUUCACACACAUCGCUCUUCUGACCGGAUACUUCCUCCUUGGGGUUGGCGGCGCCGCCAUCUUUUUCGUGCCCUCUGCGCGUGUCUGGGGCAAACGCCAUCUCUUCAUCGUCGGAACAUGCAUCCUCAUUGCCUCCUCUGCCUGGGCCGGCGCCGUCGGCACCAGCUACAACUCGCUCUUGGGCGCCCGAAUCGUCCAGGGCAUCGGUUGCACCCCGUUCGAGACCCUCGUGAACGCUGCCGUUGGUGACCUGUACUUCGUCCACCAGCGCGGCUCGCGCAUGGCAUUUACAAACUUGGCCGUGUUCGGUGGCGCCUUCUUCACGCCGAUCGUCGUCGGUAAGAUCACACAUAGCAUCGGCUGGUGGUGGACGUUUUACUUCGAGGCCAUUUUCUGCGCCGUCAUGCUUCCCGCCGUCUUCUUUUUCUGCCCCGAGACGUCCUACCGCCGGGACGCCGCGCUCAACACCGACAUGGUCGCCGAAACCAUCGAACUCGUCAACAAGCCUGGGUCCUUCACCGAAGCCCCCGGCAGCAGCCCCAGCGACGACCGCGAGAAAUUGACCGCCGGCUCAUCGACGAACGCACCCGACCGGGAGGCCACCCGAGGAGCGCAUACCCCGAAGAAGACCUUUGUUCAGUCGCUCGCCCUCUUUGACGGCCGCAAGACGGACGAGAGCUACUGGAAGCUUCUUCUGCGUCCCUUUCCAUUGUUCGUCCAACCCGCCUUCCUGUGGGGGUGUUUGAUCCAGGGCACAAUGAUUGGUUGGACCGUCUUCAUUGGUGUCAUUGUUGCCGCCAUCUUCUUGGGGCCGCCUUACUACUGGAACGAAGUCAAUGCCGGGUACGCCUAUGUAGGUGCUUUCGUAGGAGCCCUCGUCGGGUUCAUCGUUGCCGGCGUCUUCGCCGACUGGAGUGCCAAGUUCAUGACUCGCCGCAACGGCGGCAUCUACGAGCCCGAGUUCCGCAUCGUCAUGGUGCUCCCCAUGUUCAUCAUUGGCUGCAUGGGCCUGUACGGCUUCGCCAUCACUUCCGCUGGCCUCACCACUAGGCAAUACCACUACAGCGUCCCGCUUGUCUUUUUCGGUCUCGAGGUCGCUGGCAUGGUCAUCGGUGCUGUCGCCAGCUCCCUGUACAUCGUCGACGCUUACCGCGAACUCGCCAUUGAGGGCUUCACCAUCAUGAUCAUCUUCAAGAAUAUCUUCAGUUUCGGUCUGACGUACAGCGCGUACGACUGGAUCAUUGCGGGUGGCAUCAAGAACACCAUGAUCGCCAUCUCAAGCAUCCAGGUGGUGGUCUGCGCUUUGAGCAUCCCCAUGUACAUCUACGGCAAGCGAGUCCGCGCUUAUUUCCACCAGCACGAUUUGCUCAAGCUGACCGGGUUGCGAUGA